AUGGCUGGUGGGUUCGAAGCGCUGGGGCUUGCUCCCGAACUCGUUCGAGCUGUUACGGAGGACCUUGGAUAUCUUCUGCCGACGAACGUUCAGGAUGAGGCCAUUCCGCUUAUCCUAGGCGGCGGAGAUGUCAUGGUAGCGGCGGAAACGGGGAGCGGCAAGACCGCCGCCUUCAGCCUACCUCUGUUGCAGAUCGUCCAAGAAGACCUUCGGAGUCGCUUGGCCGGCGGCGCUGCAAGCAGGCCUACCGGGAAGCAGAGUGGCGGCAAGGGUAGCAGUAGUGUUUGCCGAAUAAGCAGGACUGACAAGGAUGGCCAGAUGGUGGUGUCUGCCGACGGGUUGUCAUGCCAGUGCGAGGAGUCCAAGUGGGCGGGCGCGAGGGGAGAAGUUGGAGUGCUAGGCGGCGUCCAUUGCUUCGAGGUGAAGGUGGACUUCGGGAACCUGUGCCGAUUUGGCUGGGCGACGCAGCGCGCGAGCUUCAACCUCGGCACGGACGCUUUCGGCUACGGCUUCGGCGGCACGGCCAUGAAGUCUAACGGGAGCUUCGAGAAGUACGGGGAAACUUUCACGACGGGCGACAGGGUGGGAUGUCGGCUUGAUUUGGUCAAGGGCGAGAUUUCUUUUUCCAAGAACGGGAGAGAUCUCGGAGUGGCGUUCAAGCUUCCUCCUGGCGCCAAGGGGCCUUUCUUCCCUGCGGUGGCACUCAAGAGCGCGCAGGCGUCGUUUGAUUUCACCGCCCCGUUUGCUGGAUCGGGCGACGCCACUCCUAUGGCUUCGAUCUCCCGUGAGCACGCCGCAGUGGUCGAGGCAAGGGAGGAGGCACCGCCGCGGGACCCCGGGGACGCAAGGAGCCGAACCCCUGUCGCGAUCAUUCUGGAGCCGGCGAGAGAGUUGGCGGAGCAGGUGUCGGACUGCCUGGAGACCUUCAAGCGGCAUCUGAGCUCCCCGAGCUUGGAACACGCUCUGUUGGUCGGGGGCACGGACUUUCGACACGCGUCCAAGCUGGCGAGGAGCCCGUGCGAUGUAGUCGUUGGGACACCCGGCCGGGUGCUAGACUUCUUGGAGAAAGGCCUUAUCAAACCCCGCUUCGUGAGGCUGCUGGUCCUGGAUGAGGCGGACAGAUUGCUGCAGACGGAUCAGCUCAAGACGCUCGCCGAGAUCUACAAGCGGUUGCCGCAGCACGGUGUAGGGGACUUGAGACUACAGGUGUGCUUCUUCUCCGCCACCCUCCACUCGCCUGAGAUCGCCAAGCUCGCCGACAGCAUCUGCGACCGUCCCACCUGGGUGGAUCUCAAGGGGCGAGACACGGUUCCACAGACGGUUCACCACGUGGUGGUUAGAGUCGACCCCGACAAGGACGGUGAGGUCGGACCCGUCCCGGCGAAGGCCAAGGUGCAGCCGAGGACAGACGGGGUGUGUGCGGGGUCGGAGGGGGGGGACGAGGAGAGGGCGGAGAAGCUCAAGCGGAUGAAGCCGCAGGUUCUUCUAGGGGUAGUCGAGGCUCUGGGCAUGGACCGGGCUAUCAUUUUCUGCAGCAGUGGUGUAUCGUGUCGAUGA